UGUCAACCCUCACACCGAAACUUGUGACUGCGUUUUUCUCGGCUUUUCAUCGAAACAAACGCCUGCACACAACCAUCCACGAGCCAUCCAUCAUCAUGCCGUCUGUUCAGUGCUUUGGCAAGAAGUGCAACGCCACCGCUGUGGCCCACUGCAAGGCCGGUAAGGGCCUCAUCAAGGUCAACGGUGCCCCUCUCUCCCUCGUCCAGCCCGAGAUUCUUCGCAUGAAGGUCUACGAGCCCGUCUUGGUUGCUGGUGCCGACAAGUUCGCCAACGUCGACGUCCGCGUCCGCGUCUCUGGUGGUGGUCACGUCUCCCAAAUCUAUGCCAUCCGUCAGGCUAUUGCCAAGGCCAUCGUCGCCUACUACCAAAAGUUCGUCGACGAACACUCCAAGGCUGAGAUCAAGAAGGCCCUCGUUGCCUACGACCGUACUUUGUUGGUCGCUGAUCCCCGUCGCAUGGAGCCCAAGAAGUUCGGUGGUAAGGGUGCUCGUGCUCGCCAACAAAAGUCCUACCGUUAGAAAUUUAUAUUCUGUGGACGGCGAAGUCAAGUGUGUUGUUGUUAUGUGGUGUGGAGGUAGUGUAUAAGGUAGAAC